AUGCUAGACAGCUCGGGCGACAUAUAUAACGCUGCUUUCUCGCUCAACACACGGCUUCUGGCUGUGGCGCGGGAGCGGUUGAAUCAUGCAGGGGGGACGAUCAGUAUUUUGGAUGCGACGACGGGUCAAUGCCGACAAACGAUUUACGGGCACCGGAAAUUUGUUACGGACAUUGUCUUCGCAUGCGAUAGCCAGCUUGUGGCUACAGCAUCAGCCGAUCGAACCGUCCGGAUCUGGGAUGCAACAAUGUGGUUACCCCGACAGACCCUGAGCCAUAGCGAUUACCUCACAAAACUUAGGUUCUCACCUGGCAAUGAUCUUAUAGCGGCAGCAUCAUUAGACAGGACGGUGCAGCUAUGGAGCUCAACGACGGGCAUGCAUCUACAGUCUUUUUGCUAUGACAAAGGCCUCGUACACGAGAUCUCUCUCUCUGAAAACGAGCUUGUGGUGUCAGUAUCAGACGACGACUGGGAGGUGCGCUGGAGUCCCUGGCGUUCAAUGGCUCUAAAAGUCCACACCUACGGUAUAGCUGCUCAACAGACAGUCACGCCAAAUUUAGCCGUUCGUGGACUUGGUCUUGAUGCGGAUCAGACCUGGAUCACGAAAGAUUCCGAGAGAAUCGUAUGGCUUCCUCCAGAAUACCGACCCAACCGCCGUCAAGCUUGGGCUCGAAGCGAGUCAAUGAUCUUUAUUGGCCAUCGUUCAGAUCAACCUAUCCGAUUUCGAAUCUCUUGA